AUGUUUUCUAAUGGUUCUCUUAAUCUGAACACGUCUGAAAAUGAUAAUCUUUCAAACUUAGAUAAGUCUGAAUCAAAUACCAAGCUUUCAGAAAAUGCUGAGGAUCUUGAAGGAUCUACAACAAAUCUAAUAGACUUAAAUUCGUCUACAGUAGUAGAUCCCGUCAUGUCAAUUACUGAUGAAUGUGAAACUCUUAACCUUGAAACUUCCUCCCCUAUAAAAUCAAAACGAAUGCCAUACCGUCGUCCUAUUUCUACUGCUAAUGCUCAACCACCAAAGAAGGGCAUAUUGAAACCUAUCUCACAAUCUAAUGCUCGAUCGAUUUGGAAAAGUGACUGGUUCUCUACAUUUAAUGCGCGUCUUCAAAACGUCACAAACUCCACUGCUAUGUCUACGAAUUCAACCUCUACUACUUCUUUUUUCACAAAUGCAUUGAAAAAGCUGAACGCGUCGACAUCUUUACCUUUUCAGGAGGAUCCGCCGAAAGAAACAAAUCCUCAACUGCCUCUAAUAACCAUUACAUCAACUUCUGAUCAGGUUUCUCAAUCCAAUGUUCAAUGCCCUCCUGCCUUGUCAAAUAGCAACCUCCUUACUGCCAAGUCCCUUAAACGAGUUCGUUUUUCAGUCACGAAAUUAACAGAUGAGUAUCCGCAUUCUCCUAUUCCAAGUGAUAGCGAGUCCAGUGACGAGGAGGAAUACGAUUUUCAUGAAUGGGAUGAAAAACAGAAUCGCGAUGCUCAGUCCAAGCCAGAAGUUAAUCAAAAAGUUGUCUAUACUGCUAAGGAAAUGAAAAUCGCUGAGCCUAUUGCUGAUAUACUUACCCUUGAAUGCGGACUAGAAAAGUUAAUAAUGGAGAGAUGCGAUAUUGAAGAUGAUGUAGGUGAAUUUCUUGAAAGAUACUCAAAAAAUCUUUUGUCACAGUCUACUCGUGAACGAUACUCACAAGCUUUAAUAGAAGGAAAUAAUAUGUCUGGUGCUGUUUUGGAAACUUUAAAAUUAGAUGGUUGCGGACUGAAAAAUAAUGUAUUGGAAGUUUUGGGUCCUGGUAUUCGUCGAUCUAAUUUACGUUAUCUUUCGUUACGAUAUAAUCGUAUCAAUUAUGCUGGUGCUGUUUGGGUCGGUGUAAUGUUACGAGACUAUGACACUGCAGACGAUGAACUGUCUAAUCCCGUGAUUUCAGAACUAAACGAACCAGCAGGAAUACAAGAAGAUGGAUCACGUCUAAGGAAACACGGUUUAGAAAUAUUGGAUGCCACUGGCAACGACAUAAGAGUAAUUGUCUUGUGUCUUUUAAAGAUUACGACUUUAAAGAAUAGUGAUUUAGCUAGUGCCAUUGCUCUUGCAGAAUAUCUCCCGGAGACUAAAUCAUUAGUCCAUUUGGACCUUACAGCUAAUCCGGAUAUUGAUAUCGCAGGCGUCAUGGCCUUAGCAGUGUCUAUAAAAAUGAAUUAUAGUGUCCGUAUUCUGGACGUCAAUGUCCAGCCAAAUGAUACAGAAGCAGCUGGACUUUCCAGAGAUAUUCUUCGCACAUGUGUUAGAAAUACCGAAUUAGCACAAAAUGGUUUAGAAAAUAUCGAUUCUAACUUUUUAUUACCAGAUUUUGAUACUAAACCACAAAAUAAUAGGCAUGUAGUCAAUGGUAUGUUUUUCUUCGAUGGGCGAGUGUACUUGAAUUUUGAAGCUAUGAAUGACGUAAUGAUUGCAUAUUCUUCAGAAAUAGGAAUUGACAUUCGAUUAGAUAACUUGGACGAAGACAUGAGAAUUGCUAAGGAAUACGUUAAAGUCUUUGAUGAAAUGUUGUCUAGUGAAGAACAAAAAUCCGAUUCUCAUAAUAAUAUAGAAUCGAAUGAAGUGAUAGAG